AUGCGUUUCUCCCUCUUCAUUGUCGCCGCCACCGCGCUCACCGGCACCCAAGCCGCCGUCGCAAGCCGGCCCCCAGCCACGCGACGGGGUUCAGGACAUAGCCCGGGCCUCUUCCAUGACUCCGGCGCGGAAGAUACCGUAGAUGCAUGUGCGAUGGGUGACUCGGACGCCGACGAGUCCAGCAAGCUGCGUCGAGCCAGUAGCAGCAAAGUCAGCCAGAAAAGAGGCACAGUCGAACGAAGGUGGACGGUCGCUGGGACCUUGCAAAUUGGACGCAUGUGGUGCAAGGCAUGCGAUGGCACGAGUGAUGACUGCAGAUGCCCUGCGGGAUCCAACCCCGCGGUGUGA